CAGUCCAGCUCUUCCAUUCGUCAAAUACGCGCACAACUAAAGUUUGACGAUCAGAACGCACAGCGGCGCUUUAGUGUCGCGUUCAGGAUCCGGAUCUCUGGUGAUGUUCACUUCUGCGCACUGAACGUUGUUUUCUCUCUCUCUCUCUCUCUCUCUCUCUCUCUCUCUCUCCCUUCUCUCCUCCUUUCGUCUUUCCCAAAAUCGUCGGGAAUGUCGAAUGAGGGACUGGGUUCUUGUCCUCUGACUCCCUGAGUUGGGACCCUUUGACGCGCCAUGGCAUGAAGGAGGGGCAGUUGUCUGUGUCAGCCAAGUUGCAAAGAGAAGGACGACUUCACAGCAUUCUCUCGUUGAACGGAUCUCUCCUGAGUCACUUGGUUAACCUUGUCCAAGGCAGCACAGAGGGCUGUCUGCUGUCAGAUUAUCCUUUGCCACGUGUGAAACUCUGCUGCCAUCAUGCAGACCUCAUCGCUACGCCGCCAGAUGAAAAACAUGGUCAACAACUACACAGAGGCUGAGAUAAAGGUGCGAGAAGCCACAUCCAAUGACCCAUGGGGCCCUCCUAGCUCCCUUAUGUCUGAAAUUUCGGACCUGACCUUCAACGUCGUGGCUUUCACCGAGGUUAUGGGUAUGAUCUGGAAGAGACUGAAUGAUCACGGCAAAAACUGGCGGCACGUUUAUAAAGCGUUGACUCUGCUGGACUACUUGAUUAAAACGGGCUCCGAGCGUGUGGCCAAGCAAUGUCGGGACAACAUUUACACCAUCCAAACAUUGAGAGAUUUUCAGUACAUAGACCGGGAUGGAAGGGACCAAGGGAUCAAUGUCCGGGAGAAGGCCAAGCAGCUGGUAGCUCUGUUACGGGAUGAAGACAAGCUGAAGCGCGAGAGGAGCCAAGCGAAGAAGACCAAGACACGAAUGGCCGGAACCUCCAGUAGCUUAGGCUCUGGAUCGCUGCCCCCUGCAUACCCAGGCCGCCGCACAAGCCAACCCACCUCUUCAGGGUGCUAUGGAGAUGAUGGCGCCAUGUGCACAAGCUCACCAUCCUCAUUCCGCUCCUCCUCUUCCUCACCUCGCAUUGCCCCGGACUUGGAACAAGCUAGACCCCAGACCAGUGGAGAAGAGGAGCUGCAGCUGCAGCUGGCCUUGGCUAUGAGCCGAGAAGAAAGCGAAAAGCCCCCUCCUACAGUGGAUAUUGAUGAACAGACCCAGCUCCAGCUCGCUAUGAGUCUCAGCAAGGAGGAGGCCCAGAAGCCUGUCCAUGCCCCUGCCUCUGCCAAUAUGGAUGAGGACAGCCAGCUCCAGCUCGCUCUGAGCCUGAGCAAAGAGGAACAUCAGCAGGAGCAACUCAGUCGUCAAGGAGACGAGUCGAUGCUUCAGAAAGCUCUGGAGGAGAGCAAACGUGAGAUGGAGUCUAAAGGCGGGAUCGCCUUCAUGGACUUGGUAGAUGUUUUUGCUGUGCCCUCAGAUCUACCCCCUGGUGACCAUCGCUGGAAUAACGCCCCACAACAGGCGGUCGCUCACCCUGGGGGAGCUGACCCCUGGGACUCACUAGAGGAUGACACCAACUCCUCGAGAGUUGAUCCUCCUUGGAUGGCACCGCCACUCCCCCGCACUCCUCCUCCGACGUGGGAGCAAAGCCAGCGGACUGUUGACCCCUGGGAUGCCCCGCCGAGUAGGGUCCCUGGUGCCGGCUCCACGGUCGGAGAAUGGCCCUCAACUUCCUCAGGAGCUGAUCUCUUCUUGGCUCCAACAGAAGGCACAGCUGCCACCGUGGAACCUUCUCCAAGAACCGGAAGCCCUUCGGAUGGGGAUCUAUUUGAUGAGGCCAUGGAUGGAGGGCAGGUGAAUAUGAAUGGCAGAGAGGAGAGCAGUAGUCCUGAGCUUUUUGACUUGUCCCGUCUGGGGGAAAGCCUGGCUACUCCCAGUCCUCGUAAGUGCCGGACCCCGGAGGCCUUCCUGGGUCCCACAGCAGCUUCUCUGGUGAACCUGGACAGCUUGAUCCCAGCAAAUCCCGCAACCAAUAACAAGAACCCAUUUCUAUCAGGCAUGAGUGCUCCUUCAACUACAAAUCCCUUCCAAAAUGAGCCAUCGAGACUAACUCUGAAUCAGAUGGGUUCCAACACCACCCCUCCAGCUUCUCUUCCUUACAGUGCCUCCUUGCCUUUGCCUGUGAGCCAUCAACCUGUCAGCCUCCCCUCAUCCCUGACUCACCCAACCCAACCUGGUCUAGAUUUCCCACGGAAACUCCCCGAGCCCUUGUUACCCCUCUCUGAGACCACUCCUGGCUCACAGGCUGCACAGAGUAAUCCGAACCCUUUCUUAUGAAGACAAACUCAACUGGAGACAAAUAUCUUACAAAACAGCAACUUCAUUAGGUUAUGCUCCUGAAAUAUCACUCUAACCACAGACUGAAUUGCAGCCCUGAGGACCGAUGCAAAAACCAUUUAUAGGUUUUUUUUAUACAUAUAUAUAUAUAUAAUGUGCUAUAACAAAUAAUACUUAGAUUGAUGCAAGCAGAUUCUGCUCUUCUUCAUUGCAGGAACCUUUCAGGAUGCUUUCAUAAUAAAACCAGUAAUGGGAUAAUAAUGAUAUCAGCUUAGCAUUAAUAAAAAAAAAUUAUGGCCGUAACAUGCUGACUGUAAAAUGUCAGUUUGGUCAGAUUUUGUCUUAGCUUUCCACUUGUCAAUAAGGUAAUAUGCUCAUGUGGCUGAUUGUAUGAAGAGCUUAGCUGGUAAAUGCGGCAGCCAGACUUUGAUUCUGCAGAUUUGUGGCCCUUUCAGGUCAUGGAAAAAGUUGCUAGUUCACUCAGUGGAGCUUCUAUUAAAUCAGAACAUGAGAAACUGUAUGCAAUUAUAUUAUUAAAGUGAAAUUAAUUG